CGAUCUAGCGGCACUACAAGAAAGGAUACAUUCAGUGGAACAUGUCCUCUUGGUGCAGGCUGCAGCCCUCGUUCUUGAUCAAGUGGCUCUAAAUCACAACAUUUCAGCAGAGGGUAAAUAAACUCCAUAAAGACAGUCACCACCCCUGGCGCAUCUCGCGUCAAAUAUGAUUUGAUUUGUUUAAUUCAGGGCAUUGCCAUUCAAAGGAUAAUUAAACCCAUACAUGACCGAUCAAGAAGAGCAAGUGAUUACAACAGAGGCUGGAGAGCCUGUAAUCGAAAUUAUUGAGGAGCCUCAGCCUGAUGGAACCAUUUUGCGCAGGAAAAAAAUCACUCGCAAGAUCACCAAACGUACCAUCACGUCGAGCUCAUCAAACUCAAUCACUUCCUCCUUUAAUGAAAGUGAAACAGCCUCCGCCACGGACUCUGAUUAUACACGCUCAGUAAUGACUAUCGAUAGUAAUGUAGAAGUGCAACUGCCGCCUAGGAACCAAAAGGAAACGCAUGCCACAGAAGAGACAGCAGCGUCUCAGGAGUCGAGUAGCCGGGAGAUAUCGGAUAUGGAGGGCGUUGCUGUUGAGGAGACUACAGGAGCCAAGCGAACUUUUAUGUCUCAAAUUUUCGGACAGGACGGACCAAAGGACCAUCCGUUCUACAAAUUUCUGGCGAUGUUCCCUUUGAAACAAUUGCCUGCUCCUCAUACGCGACCUCGACCUGUGAAAGCCAUCCUGUAUGCCUAUGCUUCUGGCUGGAAAGUUAAGGAGGGGAUAUCGGACGAUUUGUCGCAGUCCACUAUCGGAAGCUUUGAUGUAGAUUCUCUCAAGUGGAUGCACAAUCAUAUAGACCUAUCUCAAGUUUAACAAAAUUGAUUUUGAAAUCAAGCCAGCAUUUGAGCCGUCAAUGUCGCCUACAGGGAAGCUGCCCUUUUUAGCCCUACCAAAUGGGCUGUAUGUGACAUCUGAGGGGUUUGAGAAGUGGAUUCAAGAGAACAAGAAUCAAGAAAAUUCAAACAAGCUUAGUCAUCAUGAAGCUGCUGAAGCUGUUGCUUUCAUUAGCCUGGCCGAAUCCAAGAUACAUCCAGCUCUUCUCUAUACUUUGUGGUUUGAGUCUUCUC